UGGGUGCGGGUAAAAGUUCAGGAGCAGCGAAGCGUCGGCUUUGUUGGCUUGCCAGUUGCCGAAGGAGUACCUGUUCCGCUGUUUUUGCCGCUAUGGCUACGUUAGUGAAGAGAAUCAUCAGUACUACAAGGGCUCCCGCUGCUAUGGGUCCUUACAGCCAAGCAGUGUUGGUAGAUCGGACUAUGUAUAUCGCAGGGCAGCUUGGUAUGGAUCCCUCCAGUGGGGAACUUGUUCCAGGAGGUGCAAAGGAACAAACUCACCAGGCCCUCCAAAACAUUUGGGAAAUUCUGCAAGCUGCUGGCUGUGACACCUCUAAUGUGGUAAAGACUACUGUACUGAUGACCGACAUGAAGGAUUUUAAUGAUAUUAAUGAAGUCUACAAGCAAUUUUUCAAGUACAACUUUCCAGCCCGAGCUGCAUAUCAGGUUGUGGCUCUUCCAAAGGAUGCCUGUGUGGAGAUUGAAGCUAUUGCCAUUUUGGGACCCCUUCAAGAUGCCUCACCAGCUAAAAUCUAGCAGCUCUGAUUUCUUUUGCCAUGAUCAUUCUCACUUCUGCUAUUAAUUCAAUUCUGCUACCGAUUCUCUUAUAGAAUGUUAUUCCUGAAUUGUGAAUCUGGCUCAUUUAUUUGGGUGGGCAGAUUGACUCAUAGGCACCACUGCAUCAUUAUGACUGUCUGUUUAUUCACGUAUAGCAGUUUCCUCAUUCUCAGUGACUUUAAACUGUGUGCUGGCUGGAGAAUUUUGAGAGUUGAAGUUCAUACAUCUUAAAGUCACUGAGGUUGAGAAACAUUGGAGUAUAGUAUGAGUAAAGGACAUUACAAGAUUAAAUACUGCAAGCUGCUUGAAAGCAUAUUUUGAGGAGGAAAAAGCAAUAGAACACUUUAGAUAGACUUAUCAUAGGUAAGAGAGUAGAUUUUCUAAAAUUUGGGAAUCAAGGUUAACCUCUAGCUGUAUACUACAUUAAGCAGAAUUGUAUACUUUAAAACAUUAGGAUAAAAAUCUAUGAAGAAUAAAUCAAAUUGCUAUAACACUGA